UCCUCCCUCCUCCCUCCCUCCUCGCUGCCAGUUUCUCUACAACUAGUACAUCCACGCACAGGCAGGGUCCCGGCCGCCGCGGCUGCCAUGGAUAUCAGCUAAAGCCGGACGGAGAGGGCAGAGAGGCGCUCCCCGACCCAGCUCCCCAGCCCCGCGGGGCCGCCGCGCCCUCCCUCCCGCCGGCCGGCAGCAGCGGCGGCCGCUCCCCGCCCCGAGCCUGCCCCGGAGGAGCCCGGCUGCCCCGGGGAGGGUGGGGAAGAGAGGGAGGGAGGGAAGAAGCACGGAAUACAGGGAGGGAGUCGGGCAGAGCAUCCCCACGGCAAUGUCCAAGGGCUUGAAGAAGAAAAACCACUGGACGAGCCGAGUCCACGAGAUCGUGAUCGUGAGGAACCCGGAGGGGCAGCUGGGCUUCGAGCUGAAGGGGGGCGCCGAGAACGGGCAGUUCCCCUACCUGGGGGAGGUGAAGCCCGGCAAGGUGGCCUAUGAGGGCGGCAGCAAGUUAGUGCCAGAGGAGCUGCUGCUGGAGGUGAACGAGACCCCCGUGGCCGGGCUCACCAUCAGGGAUGUGCUGGCCGUGAUCAAGCACUGCAAGGACCCCAUCCGGCUCAAGUGCGUCAAACAAGGAGGCAUUGUUGAUAAGGACCUUCGUCACUACCUCAAUUUACGGUUCCAGAAAGGUUCAGUAGACCAUGAGCUCCAGCAGAUCAUAAGAGACAAUCUCUACCUCCGCACAGUGCCAUGCACCACAAGGCCACAUAAGGAGGGGGAAGUCCCUGGUGUGGACUAUAUUUUCAUCACCGUUGAAGAUUUUAUGGAAUUGGAGAAAAGUGGUGCUCUCUUAGAAAGUGGAACAUAUGAAGACAACUACUACGGCACUCCAAAGCCCCCAGCAGAACCAGCUCCAUUGCUGUUAAAUGUGACAGAUCAGAUCCUGCCAGGUGCCACUCCCGGGGCUGAAGGCAAACGUAAGAGGAAUAAGUCUGUGAGCAAUAUGGAGAAGACAGGUAUUGAACCAACGGAGGAAGAAGAGGAAGAAAGACCUGUGGUCAAUGGAAACGACGUGACAGUAACACCAGAAUCAAGUGAACAUGAAGAGAAAAGCACAGGUGUCUCAGGUGAGGUAUCUUCCACCCAGCCUUGUCCUGCGCCAGGAUAUACUCAGCCUGAAGAUACAAAGGAGGAUAUGGAUGUAACAAAGCAGACUAAACCUGAAGAGAGUGAUGACUUGGGCCCACUACCUGAUAACUGGGAAAUGGCUUAUACAGAAAAAGGGGAAGUCUACUUUAUUGACCAUAACACAAAGACAACAUCAUGGCUGGAUCCACGACUUGCGAAAAAGGCUAAACCUCCAGAAGAGUGCAAAGAAAAUGAGCUUCCAUAUGGCUGGGAGAAAAUUGAUGAUCCCAUUUAUGGCACUUAUUAUGUUGACCACAUAAAUAGAAGAACACAAUUUGAAAACCCUGUCCUAGAAGCAAAAAGGAAGCUACAACAGCAUAACAUGCCCAACGCAGAACUUGGAACAAAGCCUAUGCAGGCCCAAGGUUUCCGAGUACAAAGCUCCUCAUCAACCUUACCUAGACCCAAAUUCGCCCACCUGCGCCCUGUUCCCAAGAGAUCCCGCAGCGUGAAUGACCUGUCCCAGUGCCCCACCGGGACGCGCAGGCUGCACGAAAAACCACUCUUCACCCGUGAUGCAUCGCAGCUGAAGGGGACUUUCCUCAGCACAACACUUAAAAAAAGCAACAUGGGCUUUGGAUUUACCAUCAUUGGUGGGGAUGAGCCGGAUGAGUUUCUCCAGGUGAAGAGUGUAAUUCCUGAUGGGCCUGCAGCACAAGAUGGGAAAAUGGAAACAGGUGAUGUCAUUGUCUAUAUUAAUGAAGUUUGUGUCCUUGGACAUACUCACGCAGAUGUAGUCAAACUCUUCCAGUCUGUUCCUAUUGGUCAGAGUGUCAACUUGGUGCUAUGUCGUGGAUACCCUUUGCCCUUUGAUCCUGAAGAUCCUGCCAACAGCAUGGUGCCACCCCUUGCAGUAAUGGAGAGGCCUCCGGUAGUGGUAAAUGGAAGACAUAACUAUGAAACUUAUUUGGAAUACAUUUCUAGGACUUCUCAGUCUGUUCCAGACGUAACAGAUCGACCACCACACUCCUUGCACUCCAUUCCAGCAGAUAGUCAGCUUGAUAGCACAUUCCCACCACCUGCCCAUGAUGAUAAUGUAUCAAUGGCUUCUUCUGGGGCCACCCAAGCUGAACUCAUGACCUUAACCAUUGUGAAAGGGGCCCAGGGCUUUGGCUUCACUAUAGCAGACAGUCCUACAGGACAGAGGGUGAAGCAAAUUCUAGACAUUCAGGGAUGUCCUGGUUUGUGUGAAGGUGACCUCAUUGUUGAGAUCAACCAGCAGAAUGUACAGAACCUGAGCCAUGCAGAAGUAGUGGAUAUACUUAAAGAAUGUCCUGUUGGAAGUGAAACUUCUUUGAUUAUCCAUAGAGGAGGUUUCUUUUCUCCAUGGAAAACUCCAAAGCCUGUGAUGGAACGAUGGGAGAAUCAAGGCAGCCCUCAAACAAGCCUAUCGGCUCCAGCUAUGCCACAGAAUAUUCCCUAUCCACCCGCUCUUCAUAGGAGUUCAUUUCCCGAUUCAACAGAGGCCUUUGAUCCACGAAAACCUGACCCGUAUGAGCUGUAUGAGAAAUCAAGAGCUAUAUAUGAAAGUAGGCAACAAGUGCUGCCCAGGACUGGUUUUCGAGCGGAUUCCUCUGGUCCCGAUUACAAGGAGCUGGAUGUUCACCUUCGGAGGAUGGAGUCUGGGUUUGGCUUCAGAAUCCUGGGAGGAGAUGAGCCUGGACAGCCUAUUCUCAUCGGAGCAGUGAUUGCCAUGGGCUCAGCAGACCGAGAUGGCCGUCUCCAUCCUGGUGAUGAGUUGGUGUAUGUAGAUGGGAUUCCAGUGGCUGGCAAAACCCACCGAUAUGUGAUUGAUCUUAUGCAUAACGCUGCCCGAAAUGGGCAAGUGAAUCUUACUGUGAGGAGAAAGGUGCUACCCACGGAGUCCUCCAGCCAGAAAGGUCCCCCUCCGCCCGGCGCGACGCCCCCUCGCAGCUCCCCCAGCGCUAGGAAAAUGGCCAAUAACCAAGGAGAACCGUGCCCAGAGAAUGGCAGAAGCCCAGGCUCAGUGUCUACACACCACAGUUCUCCAAGAAGUGACUACACUACUUAUGCUAACAGUAAUCACGCUGUCUCUAGUAGCAAUGCUACACCCCCCGAGGGCUUCACUGCUCACAGCCUGCAAACCAGUGACGUUGUGAUCCACCGCAAGGAGAAUGAAGGCUUUGGCUUUGUUAUCAUCAGUUCCCUGAACAGGCCCGAAUCUGGGUCCACAAUAACUGUACCCCAUAAAAUAGGGCGGAUAAUUGAUGGAAGUCCUGCAGAUCGCUGUGCAAAACUUAAAGUUGGAGACCGGAUCUUAGCUGUGAAUGGCCAGUCUAUUAUCAACAUGCCUCAUGCAGAUAUUGUGAAGCUAAUUAAAGAUGCAGGUCUCAGUGUAACUCUUCGCAUCAUUCCUCAGGAGGAGCUGAACAGCCCGGCCUCGGCCCCCGGCUCGGAGAAGCAGAGCCCCAUGGCCCAGCAGCACAGCCCCAUGGCCCAGCAGAGCCCCCUGGCCCAGCAGAGCCCCGUGGCCCAGCACAGCCCCGUGGCCCAGCCACCGCCUCCUCAGCCCCUCCAGCUGCAGGGACACGAGAACAGUUAUAGGUCAGAAGUAAAAGCCAGGCAGGAUGUGAAACCUGACAUCCGGCAACCUCCGUUUACAGACUACAGGCAGUCCUCCCAGGACUACCGACAGCCUCCGCUGGACUACAGGCAUCCUCCGGUGAUGGAUUACCAGCAGCCACCACCGCUCGACUACAGGCAGCCACCCUUGAUGGAUUACAGGCAACAUUCACCCGACACCAGGCAGUACCCUCUGUCAGAGUACAGGCAGCCCCAGGACUUUGAUUAUUUCACUGUUGAUUUGGAGAAAGGAGCCAAAGGCUUUGGGUUUAGUAUUCGAGGAGGAAGAGAGUACAAAAUGGAUUUGUAUGUGUUGAGGUUAGCAGAAGAUGGACCAGCAAUAAGAAAUGGAAGGAUGAGGGUAGGAGAUCAAAUAAUUGAAAUCAAUGGAGAAAGCACAAGGGACAUGACACAUGCCAGAGCAAUAGAGCUAAUCAAGUCUGGUGGCAGGAGAGUGCGACUGUUGUUGAAACGUGGAACGGGCCAGGUCCCAGAAUAUGACGAACCAAACUCCUGGAGUGCUCCCUCUGCCACCUCCCCAGGUCUGCCGGAAGUAGCGCUUUCCCUCGACGACAUAAUCUCACCAUUAUCUUCAUCACACAUAGCCCCACCCUCUGACCCUUCUCACCAGAUAAGCCCAGAGCCAACAUGGGAUAUCAAGAGGGAACACGAUGUAAGGAAACCAAAGGAGCUUUCGGUGAACGGUCACAAAAAGAAAAGGUUAGGAGAACAAAGAGAAAGGUCAGCAAGUCCUAAAAAGGUAGACAGGUCAAAGCAUGAAGAGGCUUCUUGGAAAGGAUAUUCAGAAGGCAAAAAUAAGACCGCUGAUGGUGGCAGGCCCACCUCAGAAAGCAAAGUGGUGGGACACAGCGUUAUGAUCGAGGCUGGCGCAAGAGAGCACGUGUGUGCUGGAACCAGUGAUGAACAGUUUGGGAGGCUGAGGAAGCCGGAAAGCAAGAGAGGAGGAUCUCUUGGCAAAAGAGAAGAUCACAAAUCCACAAAUACCAGUGAGAAGUCAGCUGCAGCAUCCGACCAUGUCAAGCUUGAUCCAGGUGUUACCAAGACGUACAGUAGCAACCGCUGCAGCUCGCCUGGAAGUGAUAUGGACCACAGCCAGAGGGACCCUGAUGGGAAACCCAGCGAGUUCCCCAGGAAGGGACAUCUCCACUCCAUCAGCACUCGCAGCACCAACACCACAGUUCGAAAGGCAACCGUCUCCCCGGGGCCGUGGAAAAUCCCUGGCUCGGAUAAGCUACCUAGCGUCCUGAAGUCUGGUACUUCUGCCAUGAGCAGAUAAGCAAGGGACUGUUGCCCUCUAACUGUCUCAAACUGACGCAGAACAUUCUUCUUAGUUUUUGUCUCACAUUGGUUUGUUUUAAUUUAUUUUUAACUAUCACACAUAUACACAAAGCAUUGAGGGAUGAAAACAUUAGUGUGUAAUUCCAUGACAAUGUGCACAGUAUCUAAUAAGUUCAAAAGCGUAUAGUCAACACGGAGAUUUAAAAUCGACCCUAAAGUCCCAGUUCCAUUUUAGGGACUUUGGCAGCUAUGGAAGAAACCAAAACACUAUGAAGGACAGUACAUCAGAGAAGAAUAGUGCAGUGUAGCUUUAGCAUUUUUUUCCCACUGCAUGAAGGACUUGGAUUUCAUUCAAACUUUGUAUCAAGAAACUGGAACAAGAUAGAGCAAUCACAAACUGGAACAUCGCCUUAAAUAAAACUGCACGGAGCAAGCUGAAAACGAGAGAGGAUCUUUUCAUGGAGCUAAAAUGUUGUAAAUAAAUUGUUCUCGACAUAUCUAGACAGGGGUUAAAGGGUUUCUUUGAAGCAUCGUUUGGAACUGUACACCCAUGACACGUCUCCACUGUUAACACUUUGGGAUAGUCCACAUGAUACCCUGUAGCAUAGUUCACUGGGAGCUACAGGAGGAGUGGGGAAUCCAGUGGAUUAGUUUCUGUGAUACCAUUUCUACUGCCAUUUUUGUGAACAAACCACGUUUCUGUACAUUGGAAAGGAGUUAGAGUGGAGUUGUAUUUGCAAAUUAUUCUCAAAAGUGAUUUACGACAGGUUCCCCAAGUCCUGCGAGGUAGCACACAAACCAAUUGGUCAGGCUCAAAACACAGACAUCUGCAAGGCCCUUGCAAGGAAAGGAAGAGUGCUACAGAGAAAAAGCUGCAGUUUCCUUAAGGAAAGGCCUUUCCCUCCUGCAGAACACAAGAGCUUCACUUAUCAACAGUGCUAUGUUUCAUACCCAUCUACAUUUAGUUAGGACACUCUCACCUUUCAUCCCCUCAGUUUGGCAGAGCAGGUGCCUCUACGGCACACACUAACAAUGACUAGACUGGUUUCUGAAGUACAGUUGUCAGUGUCCUCAUUCAGUUAAUUUGACAUAUUUCCAUUUUAUCAUUUUUUCCCUACCUCCAUUUUUUUUUAUUACUUUUUGGUCUUUUUGUUUUUAUCUUUCUCGCUUGUCUGUUUUGAAUUUCAAGCCUUAAGUGCCAGGUAAACAUUCCAGUCUGCCUUCACAGGAAAUAACUCCGAGUUUAGUCAAUCAGUCAUUAUCUUGUUUCAAAAAGACGUGUGUGUGCCUGUGUAAGUGUGCAUAUGCUUAUUUGUCUGUCAAAAUUAAAUCAAAAUCCUGGGCAAUAAUGCAUUGGUGAUUUUAAAAAAAUAAAUCAUAAAGCUAAGUAAUGUCAAAAAUUCAUAUUUAAAAACUAUUGUUCUGUAGCAAUCUUAGUUCCUCACAUGCUCUGCUGAAAAAUUAGAUUGAGAUUGGCUUUGUUCCAAGAAAUUAGCACAUUACUGUAUGUCUCAAACAUUGCACUGGACUGAGAAAUUUACAGGCAUGUUUCUUCCUGUCCAAUUAUUCGAAAAGCCUCAAGUCAAGGAUUUUGCAGCUUUCAAACAAUUUUUUUAGGAACAAAAAUCCAUUUAUAAUUUCUAAAAAAGCACAAGUCCAUGUAGCUGUUUAUAAAACUCUUAUUUAAUGAAAAAAAAAAAAAAUCUUUAUCCCCUGAACUAGAAUCCAAUAUGAUUUGCCAUUAAUUUAUUGAAUCUGAUUUUGGACAAUGCUUCUGUAGUGUAAAUGCACGUCCCAGUAUCUUAUUUUUAUGUAUAAAGAAAGCAAACAAUGAAAUCUGAAAAACAGUUGAGAUUAUGCUUGCAUAAACUCUAAUUUGCACAGUUCACAGCUACUCCUUGUGCAGUAAUUGCUUUAUGCGGCUGUAAUCGAUAACCUGUGAAGACAGCACAUCAUCUAAACCCCAUUCCAAAUAAUAUUUCUGUGUAGUGUUAGCUGUGAAUUUACCCUGUACAGCUCUAUCUCUAUAAAUAUAAUUCCAUGUAUUAAUAGUCACAGAAAGGCUGUAAGUGAGCAACUAUUUUUAUGAAACGCACCACUAUGGAUAAAUUAACUUUUACAGAAAUCUUGUUUACUGUAUGAUAUUCUAAACCACUGUCAAAUAAAAUAUAUAUCCAAAAAUCUUUUUUUUUUUUUCAAUUGUACAUAGCUUUUAAUUUUGAGCAACAGGUUUCGGUGUUACACCAAGAAACAAUCUCUACAAGCAUAUGAGUAGAAUUAAACAACUACUGCAUUAUAAAAAAUGGAAUGGCCCAUUUUGAUUUCUUACUCUGAAAAGGGGUAAAAAUUACGAAUUUACAUGUAGGUGACCAAACAAAUUCUGUACAGGCAAGUUAAGAGGUUACACAGAUGCUGAGAAAUCUCUCCCUUGGUGGAGAAGCCAGACCUCUUAUUCUCCUUCCAGCCCCAGGGGACACAGGACCAAGGUGGCCAGACUCCCAGCACUGGGAGACAACUUCUGGGCAUGCACCAUAUAUACAAAUGAAUUUGGCAGCUCUAACUAGCCCUGGAAAGGUUUGUUUAAGAGCUGAGUGAAGGGGGCAUAAUCUGAUUUCCAUUUUACUUUACAGAAACAAUGUCUCAGAAUACAUCCUAAGGGUGUAAAUAUAAUUGUAUCCGCACAGCCUCUUCUUGGGCCUAAUGCAUCCCCCAUCAAACGGAACAGAAAAAUGCUCCGUCCUUUCAGUUAGGCAAAAUAAAUGACCAGUUUACAGUCUGUAGACACCCUAAGAUGUGCUGGCUGCAAAACUAGCACUAUUUUUCAUAUGAAUGUGACAUUAUUUUAAAUAAAUAUUUCCUUUUUCCUUAAAAUAUAAUUUUCUUCAUAGAACACUAAUUUUACUUCAUACACCCUAAGUCAGUUUCUGCAGAGCCUUGUUUUUCAAAAGAUUAAUGUUCAACAUAAAAAUUUCAACCAGCUGAACUAAUAACAUCAUUUUUCAUUACAAUAAAUACAUAAGAAAUGUAAAGCAUCUUUAAUACUGCGAAAAUAGUUGCUGCUCUUUAAACAGCCAUCAUUUUCAUGGUCAGAAACCUGACUAUGGGCCUGAUUCAGACGGUGUGGUAUCACGGGGAAGGGUGCUGAAGCCAUAUAGCCUCACCUGGUCUAACUUUGUAACAUAUCCUUUCUCUGUUAAACGUAGUAGUACAGUAUCUGCACUCCUACAAGGUCUUGCCAAAUAUGCCAUCCUUUCUUCCAGAAAGGUGCUGGACUUAUAGCACUCUUCAUUUAGGUGCAACAGAGCAUUGGUUGCACUGGUUUCACUACACUUCCCUCCCCUAAACAGGAGGUAUAUCUACCCUCCUAUAUCCUAUAUCUACCCUCCUAUAUCCCUAUAUCUACCUACUCCAUGGCCUCGUGGUAAGACUGCCAACAAUUCAGAACCAGUAUGGACAGCUGUCUGCUAGGAAUUGAUGCAGAAGUUCAAGAACGGAUCUGUUUCUUACCUGAUAUUUUUAAUUUCCUAUUUGAAUGUGCAGCCGUCCACCAUUGCCAAGAAUUUCUCAUCUCCAUCAAAGAUCAGCUUCAGCCUGAUUUGCUUCAUCUCCACUGAAUAUGAACAUCUCAUGCUUAGCUUUCCCUACAUCCCAGCUGCCCUCAGCAUCGCCGUAUCUAUCCUGAAUCUCUCCUCUUUCACAGCUCCCCACUGCUUGUGCUCUUAGUCCUAUCUCUGAGUCCUGCUGUCUUCCAGUGUAUUGAUUCUUCCAUUCUCCAUUUUCCUCUUCCAUCCCUCAGAACUUUGUCUUCCUCUUUUCUCCUCUUUCCUUCCAGCCCUUUCUCACCAGCUGACAUCAAUUGCCACUCUCAGCCUCUACCUUACAUUUUUACCUUACGCUCUCAGCCUCUACCUUACCUCAGCAGGUCCACCUUAGACACCUCUAUUAAGAGGUGUCAUGACCAGUUACUAACACUGGCCAAGUCAUUAACAUACUCCUGCAUGUCAUAUAAACGUGUAGACACACCCAACACCUUGUAUUAAACCCGGUGCAAAUCACCUACCUUGCACACAGAAAUCAGAAGCAGUUGGUUACUGAUUAGACAUACUAAUUCUAACUAAUUCUAACUCCCUUUGCAAGUACAAAUAAUGUUUUUCUUUCAGUGCUGUUAUAGCUAAAUGUCUGUACUGAUAAUGAUCCAAGCAUUCAGGCCGGGUUUUGUGGCUGGAACAUGCUAUGAUCUCUACUGGAAAUCUCCAAAUUCGUUUUACAAAGGCAAGGACAAGCAAAGCCAUGGGCACAUUUCUGUCUUAGCCACCACAUGCUUUUUGUGCACCACUGCUGCAGCAGAAAUGUGGGGCCAGAACUGCAAAGGCCUAAGUAGAAGAGCACAGCUCAGCUAAUGAGAAUGUCACCCUCCAUGCUUCUCCUUGCUCGAAGGGAAGCUUUGGUGUGACAAGGAAAAGUUUCUUGGUGCACUGCCAGGGAGCUCAAAGUUAGAGAAGGCUUUGGGAUGACUGAUCUCAUUAGAAGUUUACUUCACAGUUCAGUUCUGUAAGUCUCUAAAAGAGUCCUUUCCCUCUUUUGUCCCCUUGACGCCUAGGAUAUUUUCCGUAAUUGUUGCUAAAAAGGCCACAGAGGCAAGGCAGGCUGCCUGCUCUCAUGACUAACAGAGGACUUGGAGAGAGUUUCCCUGGCUGUGUCAUGCGGGGCUCCCACCCCCACAUCUGUUAGACUCAAGGACUCCCAAGGCUGUGUCUCCAUCUAUCACAUCAGAGCUGAACAUCACAUUUACCUUCCCAGCUGUCAUCAAAACAGCAAGACUUUUUUAAUUAGCUGCUACUCCCAAAGGAAAAUCCAGUGCACCAUCUGGACAGAAACAACUGUGCUUCGGAAGGGGCCAGGGCUCAAAUGUCACCUAUGCCCCAAACCCCUCGCUGGCCAACCUGCAGGUCCCCUGCUCAGCACCCAGGGAUGGCCUCUCCCCUGGAGCAACAGCCUCUUCUUGCUGCCCAAAUAAGUAUCCACAAGCUCCACGUAGACCCUCACCCUCCCGCAGCCAGCACAGACAUGCUCAGCCCAGUCUUCCCAGUCCCCAAAUAUUUUUCUUGGUAAAAUGACGUGACCGCACAUUUAUCUCCAUAGCUUGUUCCUAAGCUAAGAGCAAUUUUUUUAAAAAUAUAUCUUCAAGGCACAGUAACAUAACCAAUAUCUCUGAAUUAUAGCCAAUAUAAAAAUGAUGUUCUGUCCUUUCCUGCCUUUAGUGCCUGUAUGGCUGUAAGUUACUGUGCCAGUUCAAUUAAUCAAUAAGGAGAGUUUGGCUUACAAGGUACAAAUAUAUAUCUUUUAAACAGCUGGGGGAACACCACUGCGCAAAUACCCACACAGAGUCCUGGAGCACCACCUCCCAUCUCCACUCAGGACUUCCCAACUAUCUGUGGCUGAUAUGGGUGCCUGUCUUUCUGAGGAAAUAGAUAGAUAGAUAGAUAGAUAGAUAGAUAGAUAGAUAGAUAGAUAGAUAGAUAGAUA